AUGGCCUCCCCUGACGCGGAACAGCCGGCGCCGACGGAGCCCGCGCGGUGGCGUGACCUCGACAUGCUCCUCUCCCACCCCGGGAACCUCGUGGAGGCCUCCUUCGAUCCCAGCCCCGGCCUGAGAGACCUACUGGGCAGCCUCGUGGAGGUUUUGGUUGUGGGCGCAGGUGGGCUCGGCUGCGAGCUCCUCAAGGACCUGGCCCUCUCCGGCUUCAAGAAGCUGCACGUCAUCGAUAUGGACACCAUCGACGUAUCCAACCUCAAUCGCCAGUUCCUCUUCAGAGUUCAAGAUGUCGGGAAGUCCAAGGCUGAAGUAGCAGCGAAGAGGGUUAUGGAGCGAGUUAAUGGGGUGAACAUUGUCCCUCAUUUUUGCAGCAUUGAAGAUAAAGAGAUAGAGUUCUACAGUCAGUUCCACAUAAUUGUCCUCGGUCUGGAUUCAAUUGAAGCUCGAAGCUAUAUCAAUUCUGUGGCUUGUGGUUUCUUAGAGUAUGACUUGAAUGACAAUCCACUUCAAGAGACAGUCAAACCUAUGGUAGAUGGUGGAACUGAGGGCUUCAAGGGACAUGCUAGAGUCAUUAUACCUGGAACAACACCUUGCUUUGAAUGCAACAUAUGGCUGUUUCCUCCACAGGUUAAGUUCCCUUUAUGUACCCUUGCUGAGACACCAAGAACUGCAGCUCACUGCAUUGAGUAUGCUCACUUGAUCAAAUGGGAUGAGGUCCAUCCUGGAAAACUUUUUGAUGCUGAUGAUGCAGAGCAUAUGCAGUGGAUUUAUUCAGAGGCUUUAAAGAGGGCAGAGCUUUUUGGUAUUUGUGGUGUUACAUAUUCUUUGACACAGGGUGUUGUAAAAAAUAUAAUCCCAGCCAUUGCUUCAACGAAUGCAAUUAUAUCUGCUGCUUGUGCAUUGGAAGCCUUCAAGCUUAUUUCUGGGUGCAGCAAAAGUGUGUCAAAUUAUCUCACGUACAACGGUCUGGAAGGAACUCACAUUAAAGUAACUGAGUUUAUCAGAGACAAAGAUUGCCUUGUAUGUGGGCCUGGUACCCUUAUUGAGCUGGAUACAUCAUCUACCCUUUCAGAUUUCAUCAAGAUGCUCGAGGAGCAUCCAACGUUGCGGAUGUCAAAAGCCAGCGUGACGCACGAAGGUAACAACCUGUACAUGCAGUCACCGGAGGUGCUGGAGCAGAUGACACGGCCAAACCUGAGCGUUCCCAUGUUUGAGCUCCUCAAAGAGGUCAGAUACACCACUGUCCAUGCCACGGGCAUGGCAGAGAACAACGGGAAGAAAGUGUCCUCGUUGAGGAAGCUCCGUGUGGCCUUCAAGGGCAUCGAAGAAGCCUCCAAGAUGGAUACGACCCUGAGCUCAUGA